AUGUCGCUGAAAAUGCCCCAGGGCCAGCUGGCCGCGCCGCCCACGCUGUACAACUUCCCCGAUACCUUUGCUUUUCUCAAUAAGCUGAAGAAGAACGACACCAUCCACAAGUACCGGACCUCCGUGGGUGCGACUAUCGCUUCUCUCAUUUCCACGACAUCGACUUUCCCGCUCGACUCCAUUAAAACCCGGCAGCAAACAUACAACUACCGAGGUACGUUGCAUGUCAUUUACGACACGUAUCGCCAUGAGGGUAUCAAGGGAUUCUACCGAGGUAUCUGGGCUCCUCUGAUUUCCACCAGUGUGGUGCGAACCAUUGGUGCUUCUGUAUACGCUGCUACGGUGCCCUUUUCGCGGGACUUCUGGUCGGUGCACUUUCAACUGCCGCCGGUUUUGCACGACCCUGAGCACGUCAUGGUCGGUGACCACCUGGACCAUUUCCUGCUGCAGUCUUUCAAGAUGACACUGCUGUACCUGGUACCUGGAGCCAUUGCUGGAGCCAGUAGCACUUUGAUUAGUGCCCCGUUCGAGUUCACCAAGCUCAGCUCACAGAUUGAGGGACUGGUUGCCCGACAGCUGCAAGCCGCGGCCGAAAACAAGGGAGGCCACAUCAACCAGCUGGACGGGUUCAAGCCCCAUUCGGUCAUGGAAACCGGAAAGGAGAUUCUGCAACGUGCCGGAGUGCGAGGACUCUACUCUGGAUACAAGUACCAUCUUCUGCGAGACUCCAUUUCCACAGGCUUCUACUUCACCACCUACGAGAUUGCCAAGAUUGUGGUGGCCCAAAAGAUGUUUGGAAAGCAGUCGGAAACCAUGCAGAACGUCGCCGUUGCCUUUGCCGGAGCCUGCGCCGGUAUCGUGUCUUGGACUAUUAUCUUCCCCCUCGAUACUCUCAAGUCUGUCUACCAGAAAAAUGUUGUGGCUGCUGCCAUGGCCCACAAGUACGGAGUGAAGUUGGACCUGAACAAGGACGCGGUCAAGAUCAACAGAAUUCGAGACCUGUUCCAGCGACGGCUCUACAAGGGUCUCGGAAUCUCGUGCAUCCGAACCGCCAUUAACGGAGCCAUUUUCUUCUCUGUUCUGGAGUACAUCCGAAAGAGACUCUAA